AUGGGAGACGAUAGGAUCAUCCUCGAGGAGGCAAACUCUGCAAAUGGGCGGUUAUGCGAAGUCAUGCGUUUGGUGGAAAAGGAGGACGACGAUGGCGACUGCAAGAUUACCGAAAAGGGCCCUACGGACACAGAACCCAGCCAGAACACCUACGCCAGCUAUGCUCUGGUGGAGAAGACGUUCAUCAAGGGCCAGCACACGAGAAAAACACUACAGAUCAAUUCGCAGCACAUAUGCGACACGCUGGAGAAGUUGUCCGCCCCCUAUCCACAACGCCCCAGUGUGUGGAAGACCCCAUUGCAUUUCGAUGCUCCGUUUCAGUUGUUAUUCCACCACCAGGGAGGCCUCGCCGAAGAACGUGAUGCGGUUCGAAAUGACGGAACCCGAGUGGAACAACGGCAGCAUCUUCGGCUUCUUCUCCAGUAUAUGGACGGAGAGCUGGGUGGGUCAGCGGCGGAAAUGGUUUCUCGAAACGAAAUCACCUUCGAUCUUCUUUGGUAUGUCUUCAGACCAGGCAUAUAUAUCUCGCACAUGGAUGGAGAUAAUGAGCAGAUCCUUUGGCUGGAGAGUAUGAGUUCAUCACGAGACAUGAUGAUGGACUUCAACGGCCCGUCAGUGACUCUAAACUGCCUGUAUACAGAGUAUAAUGGUUCCACCGAGGGAAAAUCCAGGAAGUCUAUCAAGGUAUACGAGCAGCAUCACUUCCCUGGCACUGGCACAGUACCAAUCAAUUCCCUUCCUGCUUGCCCGCUGAAGUGUCUCAGCCAUGGCGCCAAAGAGCUGACGGCCCGCAUGAGGGAGAGGGGAAAAGUCUGCGACGAGUUGAAGCGUGAAGCUCCAGCCGCGCGAUAUUACGAGGGCUCGUUCCUGGCGGCCAUCGAUAAAGACGGCUGGAAACCACAGACUACAGCUGGCCGGGUGAUUAUCGACCCCAAAGCCUUCAUCGAAGAAAAUCCGACAAGACAAAUCGUUGUCUCGCCGUGGGCUAAAGAGGGAACAAACGGGCCAGAGCAAAACAUCCUUUGGCCUCCAUAUGUUUACGGUUACAACCUAGGAACAAGGCAAUGGGGUCGCUUUUUCAUCCAGCAGCUCAGCAAAUUUGAGUAUGGUCAAGACUUGUGGCCCAAGGUUGCCAUGAACGAGGAGCAGAAGAAGCUUUUGCGAUCCAGUGUGGCGAGCCACUGUACAAGCCCCGACCUGUAUGACGAGGGCAAACUGAAAGGCAGAGGAUUUGUUGUGCUGCUGCAUGGUGUACCAGGCACUGGCAAAACCUUGACUGCUGUGGCCAUCGCCGAGGAUAUAAAAAAGCCUCUGCUGCUGUACCCUGGAGGCGAGCUAGGCUAUCGCCUCGAUGCUAUUGAGGGAAGGAUCAAGAAAGUGGUUAGACUCGCAUCCAGAUGGGGUGCAAUCCUCCUCAUCGAUGAGGCCGAUGUCUUUCUCGAGUCUAGGCGAAGCGGCGGCGAAGUCAGCCUGGAGAGAAAUGCUCUGAUCGCAGUCUUUCUGAGACAGCUGGAGUACUCGACAGGUGUCAUCUUCCUCACGUCAAACAGAGCGUCAAAGUUUGACAGUGCCAUCAAGUCGCGUGUUCAUCUCACAUUCCGCUACUCCUUUCCCAGCUUUGAUACGCGUCGCAAGAUCUGGGAGGAUCUCAUCAAGGCCCGGACGGUGGACAAUGCCGAUCUUCUGAACUCGCUGGAGCAGGUUGCCAAGCACGCAAUGGACGGGCGAGAAAUCUCCAACACACUCAAUUCGGCAAUUGACUUGGCGAAGCACAGGAAAGAAAGCCUUGGCAAGAGGCACCUGGAUGUUGCUGUCAAUGCAUGGGAGGUGAUCCUGCUCUCCAUGCUGGCAUUGGUCGCCAGUUUUGCAGUUUGCAUCUUUGUAUUUCUCAAGGACAAAAAGCUUGUCCUUGUCAUCAACUCCUAG